CGCGUCGUUCACCAUGGUUGCAACAACGACAGAGCAGCUAACGGCCCUUGCCGUAACGACCGUCGUCGUACAUCCUCUGGUCCUGCUUUCUGUUACCGAUCACCACGCCCGCUCUGUCUCCAGGACAUCAAACAAGCGCGUAAUUGGCGUAUUACUUGGCCAGGACAAUGGCAAAACCGUGAACGUCGCGAACUCGUUCGGCAUCCCGUUCGAGGAGGACGAGAAGGAUCCGAAGACGUGGUUCCUCGACCACAACUACAUCGAGGGCAUGUUUGAGAUGUUCAAGAAGGUGAAUGCUAGGGAACGAAUGAUCGGCUGGUAUCACACAGGCCCGAAGUUGCGGGCAUCCGACCAGGAAAUCAACGAUCUAUUCAAGCGAUACAUACCCCGACCUGUCAUGGUCAUUGUGGACGUACGACCAGAACACGAGGGUAUACCAACAGACGCUUACUUUGCGGUGGAGGAGAUCAAGGAUGACGGCACAGAAGUUCGGAAAACGUUCCUACACGUUCCUUCCGCCAUCGAAGCCGAAGAGGCAGAAGAAAUAGGUGUCGAGCACCUACUCCGAGACAUCAAAGACUCCACUACCACCACCCUCUCCACCCGCGUCUCGGAGCAACUCGCCUCUCUUCGUGGGCUGCACGCAAGGCUGACGGAGAUACAUCAGUACCUCACGCAGGUGGCUGCUGGUACAAUGCCCGUGAACCACCAAAUCAUCUACCACCUGCAAGACGCCCUUAACCUCCUACCCGACCUUUCCGACGAUGCACUCGAACGAUCGUUUGCGUCAAGUACGAACGAUCAGCUUUUGGUCGUCUACUUGAGCAGUUUAGUACGAGCUGUCAUCGCCCUUCACGCCUUGGUUGACAACAAAGCUACCAUCGGACGAGCGGAGGCGGAGGAAGGGAAGACCCCGGAGGAGAAAAAGAAGGACGCAGAGAAGGAGAAGGAUAAAGACAAGAAGAGUGGGGAGAAAGAGACGAGUUUGGAGAAGGGGUCGAAGGGGUUGAAUGAGAAGGGGUUGUGAAUGUAAUUGACGAGCUGUGGCUUUCUGUAAUCCCGCUCUGGUUUUGCGCCAUUCCGGUGCCGCGACCGUAUAUUAUACUGUGACGCUGCGAAACCCCAGCUGUCGAC